UUGGAGGGACGGCGCAUGCGCCGGCCGACUAGUUCCUGCGCGGUGGCCAUUUUGUUUUUCACCGCCAGCCAAGGGUACCCGGGACAGGAGGCUGAGGCGCUCGUCAGGUCGUCGGCUGCGAAGAUGUUGUUUCCUUUGGCGAGUAGCGCUUUGCGCCUCACAGCUCGUGGCAUCCUGCGCACUCUGGCAAGACAAGCUCACCAUAAACAUGAACCUGAUUUUCAUGACAAAUAUGGUAACAUUAUUCUACUUGGUGGAGCUAUAUUUUGUGUCUCCAUUUGGACCUAUGUUGCAACACAAACAGGGAUGGAGUGGAAUUUGUCUCCUGUUGGACGAAUCACCCCAAAAGAAUGGAAAGAGGAGUAGAGAUGGUGUAUUUAACCCUCUUCUGAAAAGUUAGGAGCAGCCAUGAACUCCCCUGAGCUUUCACUGGAAUAUACUGAUGCCAGGCCUGUAGUGGCACUGUUCUCUGCAUUAUCUGUGAUGUAAUAAAUAUAUUUAAAAUUA